AUGGCGCCCUCUCGCUCUCGAGCAGCCGCGGUCGACACUGACGCGUCAAUGUCUGAUGCACCGGAAAAUCAUCAUGCGGGUGAGAUGGAAGUCGAUGAGACUCCCGACUACACUGAUUCAGACACCAAUGCGAACACCACCGCCAGCAGCGUUAUCGGAGAGCCUAUUGGAGAUGGUCGCAAGAGACGGUCCGAGGCCAACCAACUCCGUCGCAGCAUUUUCGGCAAGAAGCAUGAUAGGCUAGGUGAAUCAAAGGAAGAAGACAGUAUUCGACGCUUUCGGUACCUGUUGGGUCUGACAGACCUCUUCCGCCACUUCAUCGAGACGAACCCCAAUCCUAAGAUCCGAGAAAUCAUGACCGAGAUCGAUCGACAAAAUGCCGAGGCAUCGAAAAGCAAGAAGGCCGGUGCACGUCAAGGUGGUGCGAAUAACGAUCGUCGUCGCCGGACAGAAGCCGAGGAAGACGCCGAGCUGCUCCGCGAUGAGAAACACGGAGGGUCCGCAGAAACAGUUUUUCGAGAGUCGCCCUCAUUCAUUCAGGGAACUAUGAGAGAUUACCAGGUGGCCGGCCUUAACUGGCUGAUUUCUCUCCAUGAGAACGGUAUCUCUGGAAUUCUUGCUGAUGAAAUGGGUCUUGGCAAGACAUUGCAAACUAUCUCCUUCUUGGGCUACUUGCGACACAUUAUGGACAUUACCGGACCGCACAUUGUAAUUGUUCCUAAGUCGACACUAGACAACUGGAAACGCGAGUUCGCGAAGUGGACGCCCGAGGUUAACGUGCUCGUGCUCCAAGGCGCCAAGGAGGAGCGCAAUCAACUCAUCAAUGAUCGCUUGGUGGAAGAGGAUUUUGACGUCUGCAUCACGAGUUACGAGAUGGUUCUGCGCGAGAAGGCGCAUCUCAAGAAGUUCGCGUGGGAGUAUAUCAUCAUUGACGAAGCUCACCGUAUCAAGAACGAGGAAUCUUCCCUCGCACAGGUUAUCCGUCUUUUCAACUCUCGAAACCGACUACUCAUCACUGGCACACCACUGCAAAACAACCUUCACGAGCUAUGGGCGCUACUGAACUUCUUGCUUCCUGAUGUUUUUGGCGACUCGGAAGCCUUUGAUCAGUGGUUCUCUGGCCAAGACCGGGAUCAAGACACUGUGGUUCAACAGCUGCACCGUGUGCUGAGGCCUUUCUUACUCCGGAGAGUCAAGAGUGAUGUGGAAAAGAGCCUGCUUCCCAAGAAAGAAGUCAACGUUUACCUCGGCAUGUCGGACAUGCAGGUCAAGUGGUACCAGAAGAUUCUCGAAAAGGACAUUGACGCUGUCAACGGUGCAAACGGAAAACGGGAGUCCAAGACGCGACUUCUUAAUAUUGUGAUGCAGUUGCGCAAGUGCUGUAACCACCCUUACCUAUUCGAGGGUGCCGAACCAGGUCCCCCGUAUACUACCGACGAGCAUCUUGUCUACAACUCUGGGAAAAUGGUUGUCCUUGACAAGCUUUUGAACAGGAUGCAAAAGCAAGGAAGCAGAGUCCUUAUUUUCUCCCAAAUGAGCCGUCUCUUGGACAUUCUUGAGGAUUACUGUGUUUUUAGGCAGUAUAAGUACUGCCGCAUUGAUGGUGGUACAGCACAUGAAGAUCGUAUCGCUGCCAUUGACGAGUACAACAAGCCUGGUUCUGAGAAGUUUAUCUUCUUGCUCACUACAAGAGCCGGAGGUUUGGGCAUCAAUCUCACCACUGCAGACAUCGUGGUUCUUUAUGACAGCGAUUGGAACCCUCAAGCCGACUUGCAGGCUAUGGAUCGUGCUCAUCGUAUCGGUCAGACUAAGCAAGUUGUCGUAUAUCGUUUCGUUACGGACAACGCGAUCGAAGAGAAGGUCUUAGAGAGGGCAGCCCAAAAGCUCCGUUUGGAUCAGCUCGUUAUUCAGCAAGGUCGGACCCAGGUAGCUGCCAAGGCCGCAGCGAAUAAAGAUGAGCUUCUCUCUAUGAUUCAGCAUGGUGCUGAGAAGGUGUUCCAAAGCAAGGGUGCCUCUGGAACAUUGGCAUCGAAAGGAGCCGACCUGGACGAUGACGAUAUCGACCAGAUUCUUGCUUCUGGUGAGACGAGAACCAAAGAACUGAACGCCAAGUAUGAGAAACUUGGAAUCGAUGAUCUGCAAAAUUUCACGUCCGAAUCCGCUUACACAUGGAAUGGCGAGGACUUCAAGACCAACAAGAAGGACAUUGGUAUGAACUGGAUCAACCCUGCAAAGCGUGAGAGGAAGGAGCAAUCAUAUUCCAUGGAUAAGUAUUUCCGGCAGACAAUGUAUCCGCCCAAGGAGAAAGAUACCAAGCCCAAGGCACCGAGAGCGCCGAAGCAAGUUCCUGUGCAUGACUAUCAGUUCUACCCGGAACGUCUCAGGGAACUGCAGGACCGCGAGACUGCCUUCUACCGCAAAGAAAUUGGCUACAAGGUCCCGCUCCCUGAUGGCGAGGAUGACAAGCUUGAAGAACGUGAACAGGAACGUGCCCUGGACCAACAAGAGAUUGACGAUGCUACUCCGCUUACUGAAGAAGAGCAAGAGGAGAAGCAGCGCCUCUCUCAGCAGGGCUUCGGCGAGUGGAACCGUCGCGACUUCCAGCAAUUCAUCAAUGCCUCGGGCCGCUAUGGACGCACUGAUUACGAGAACAUUGCGGAAGAUAUUGACAACAAGACUGCUGCUGAAGUCAAGCAAUAUGCCAAGGUGUUCUGGCAACGCUACACGGAAAUCGCCGACUAUCCCAAGUACAUUAAGGUGAUUGAAGAUGGUGAGGAGCGCAUGCGCAAGAUCGAGCACCAGCGGAAGCUACUUCGCAAGAAGAUGUCUCAGUACCGCGUUCCCUUGCAGCAGCUCAAGAUUAAUUACUCUGUCUCGACCACCAACAAAAAGGUCUACACGGAAGAGGAAGACAGAUUUUUAUUAGUUCUUCUAGACAAGUUGGGCAUCGACUCUCCCGGCCUAUACGAAAAGAUGCGUGACGAGAUUGCCGAAAGCCCUUUGUUCCGGUUCGACUGGUUCUUCCUCAGUCGAACACCAGUUGAACUGAGCCGCCGCUGCACUACCUUGUUGACAACUAUUGUCAAGGAAUUUGAAGAUGUGCAUCCUACGAAGGGCGCGAACGGUGUAAACGGCAAGGCGAAGAGAGAAGCCGAUGACGAAGAGAACGACGAGGACAGCAUUUUGGGCAUGGCCCCUGCGAAGAAGAAGUCCAAGAACGGUGUCAAGGUGAGAAGCAUAUGGCAAACUGUGAGGAGAGCCUGGCUAACAACGCACGUAGAACAAGGCGCUGGAUAA